AUGGCACAACCGGGUUUUGCUUCUGCCCAGAGCACCUCAGCCUCUCUCCUCGCAGAAACCAUCGCUCACUCAUCCCUCGCCGUCACCUCCUCUUCCCCUCCACUACCACAAACGAUAACUGGCUCAACUACCACCACCACAACAGCAACAGCUAGCUCAAAACCUGAACAGAAACAUGGCACUAGCAUUAAAGGAGGAAUUGCCGCUGGCACACCGACCCUGACAAAGGCAGAGACAGUCUUUUGUGGAUCCACUGCAGGUGUAAUCUCUCGCUUUGUCAUCGCCCCCUUGGACGUCGUCAAGAUCCGGCUACAAUUACAAACGCAACGCAAGGAGCUGCCGAAGGUUCUUCGGAGGAAAGUAGGAGCAGCAGAAGGAAUCGGAUAUUCGGACAUGAAGGCCAGGGCAACUGCAACGGCGGACAGCUUAGCUGCAACAGCUCGGAUAGUACAACCAAGAUACAAGGGCAUGCUUUCGGGAAUGGCUACCAUUGCUCGGGAAGAAGGGAUCAGGGGCCUGUGGAAGGGCAAUAUGGCGGCAGAAUACCUUUAUUUGACAUACGGCGGGAUCCAAUUCUUGGCUUACCAACAAACAAAACUCUUCUUGUCCAAGACCGCCGAGCUUUCAACAACGCAACGGGCACAUGUUGCACAAAAGUAUAGGCAUGGAGUUCCAGUUUACGUCCAAGUCUUUACUACCGUCACUCAAUCGUCUUCAGUCCAGUCGUUUAUUAGUGGAGCCACUGCUGGAAUCAUGGCUACCGCCUGCACAUACCCCUUUGAUCUCUUGCGGACCCGGUUUGCUGUCCAGCGCGAUGUCAAGGUGUACACAGGAGUUCCCCAGGCUUUCCGACAUAUCUUUAAACAGGAUGGCGUGAAAGGAUUUUACAGGGGCAUGACUCCAGCAUUGAUCCAGGUCAUCCCAUAUAUGGGCGUCAUGUUUGGAUCGUACGAUUCCUUUAAACAACUGGCAGCCUGGCUCAAGGUCAAGGCAGCCGACACCUCGUUCCUCUCAGAACCCUCAGCAGCAUCAUCCCACAACUCUAAAACAUCGUAUGGAUCCACGUCCGACCCCCCGUACAAGGAGAAGAAGAAGACCUUUGGACAGAUUUUGCUGGGCUUGGAGGAUAUGGCAUGUGGAGCCAUGUCGGGUGUGAUCUCCAAGACUGCGGUCUAUCCUCUGGACAUGGUCAGGAAGCGUUUGCAGAUCCAAGGGUCAGAGCAGCAAAGGAGCAUUGUAGGAAGUAGGGGUACUGGGUCGGGGCCAGCACCGACGACGGUAUGGAGGUGUAUGGUUCAUAUUGUGCGACAGGAGGGGUACCUGGCGCUAUACAAGGGCCUUUUGCCAGGAAUCUUGAAGGCAGCACCUGCGAGCGCUGUCACCUUUUUGGUGUUUUCGCAGACUGGCGCUUUUAUUGAGAGGACUCGACGUCCCCAGCAGCAUUCACAGGAGCAGGAACAAUGA